UCUCUCUUCUCAUUCUUACUACAGAUUCAUAUGAACCAGCACAAGGAUAAAUAGAGGACACAGAACUCGAUCAAACACAUAAGCCUUUGGACUCGAAUAACUCAAAAAAUAUGACAGGGGCAGGUGUUAAGAACGAUACCCAUUUGUUGAAUGACGCUGGUGAGGCGGAUACGGCGGUGGAACCUCUCGGAGGAAGUGGUGACGGUGGUGGACGUGGAGAGACAAUUCUUCGCGAGACAGGUGAUGAUAGGCGUACAGAGGAUGUGGAAGAAGAAGAAGAAGAAGAAGAAGAAGAAGAAGAAGGCAAAGAAGAAGAAGAAAAGUUCUACACAGUGGAAGCUAUCCGCAGUAAGCGAGUUCACAAAGGUAAGGUGCAGUAUCUGAUCAAAUGGCAUGGGUGGGCGGAACGUCAUAACACCUGGGAGCCUCUAGAGAAUCUGGAGUCUAUUUCUUCUUCUAUAGAUGCAUUUGAAAAAAGAUCGAGGAAGGCUGGUAAGAAGCGGAAGGGCAACUAUGGAGGUUCUAAUUCUCAGUUGAAGAACAAGAAUGAGAAGAAGCAGCAAGGUUUGAUUGGAAAGGAGAAAGAACAUGAUCCGACACUCAACGAGUUAAGAGGAGCAGUCAUUAACAGUAACGGUGCGGGGAGUUCCCAAGAGGGAGGAGAAGGCAUUGGUUCUGAGGGUGGUGAUGCAAGACCAAACGGCCUUCUCAAGGAACAUGAUCCGACACUCAAGGAGUUAAGAGGACCAGUCGUUAACAGUAACGGUGCGGGGAGUUCCCAAGAGGGAGGAGAAGGCAUUGUUUCUGAGGGUGGUGAUGCAAGACCAAACGGCCUUCUCAGGGUUAAGCGUAAGAAGGGUGGUGUCGGAGGUGCUUGGAGGAGGAAGUCUGCUGCGGAAAGAUACAUACCAGAUGAAACCAUCACAACUAACAACCAGAUAACAAUAGCUACCGAUCAGAACGAGACACCAGACUUGGACAUCGUGAGGAUCCUCAAGCCAGUGGAGGUUUCUAAUUCUAUAACAAACAAUGGACAAGAAUCGUUGGUAACUUUCUCGGCGCUGAGGUCUGAUGGGGAGGAAGUAACGGUUGACAACAAGUUUCUCAGGGCUCAUCAUCAUCAUCUGCUACUUGAUUUCUAUGAGCGACAUAUCACUUACAGGCAGGAAAACUAAGGAAAAUGUGAGUGCUUGUAGGUAGAACAAGAUUAGAUGUGCAGAGUGGAUUUAGUGGCAAGUUGUUAAUCCGUGAGGUUUGAGAUUUGUUUCUCAUCUCCUCGGGUUUGUUUAUGAGUUCACUUUCUGUUAUAGCAAAUCUUGUCUCUUGGACUUUAUACAUUUCUUCUAAUCGAGAACUUUGUUAAACUAGCUUGUUCAAAUUUAAUUUCAUGUCUCGUUGAUGUUGUCAAAGUUGA